AACUGAGCACGCCUUUGCAUGUAGGAAACAUUAAAAUAUCAGAAAGCAAAAUUCAAAAGAUGCGGGCGUCCCGACUCCGAUUCAAUUCACAUCUUCCUCCCCAAAGCUGUAAAUCAUUUAUUUACGACUUUCGAACCUCUUAACUCUCCCGUUCCAGUCAUGUCUCCCUCGUUCAUCUCUCACCCCUUCCCUUUAUCGCACGAAUCUGCCUACCCACCUCAAUAAUCAUGGGCUUCCUCUCUUGCAACGCUGAAACUGCAAUUGCCACCUGUGAUUCCCACUACUGGGACCUCAAGAAGAAGAACUCCAAUAGAACCAGCAGAAGAACCCAGAAGCAUAAGCUCCCAGAGAUCAGGGAGUUUCGCUACUCGGAGAUCCUCGCUGCCACUGGCGGAUUCUCCGCAGACAGCUUCCUGGGAAAAGGCAGCCAUGGCAGUGUCUACAGAGCAACCCUCGACGACGGCAAGCUCGUCGCCGCGGUCAAAAGAACAAAGUUCUCCAAGUCCCGGGUCACAAACCUCCGCAACCACUCCACCAACUGCACCGGCUGUGCUAGCUGUACGAGCCCCGCAGAGAACGAGAUCGAGAUUCUCUCCCAGGUUGGAAAUCCUCGCCGCUUCGUCAACCUCAUUGGAUUCUGCACCGACUCCAACGGCAAUCAGCUAAUUGUCGUUGAAUACAUGCUCAACGGCUCUCUCUACGAUGCCUUGCACUCCACCGCCAGACCGCCCAGUUGGAGCCGGCGGGUUCGGUUCGCUCUGCAGGUUGCCAAAGCCGUGCUGGCCCUUCACUCGUCGAAUCCCCCGGUGAUUCACCGGGACAUAAAGUCGUCCAACGUCCUGAUCGACGAGAAGGGGAAGGCGAGGCUGGGCGAUUUCGGUCUGGCAUUGAGGGGACACGUAGAGGACGUCCGGAUGAAAUGCACGCCACCCGCGGGGACGAUGGGAUACCUGGACCCAUGCUACCUGGCUCCCGGGGACCUGAGCACAAAGAGCGACGUGUUCAGCUUCGGGAUCCUGUUGCUCGAGAUUAUCAGCGGCAGGAACGCCAUCGAUUUGAAUUACAGCCCGCCCUCCGUGGUGGACUGGGCCGUGCCCCUGAUAAAGCGCGGGGAGUUUCUCGGAAUCUGUGACCGGCGAAUCGGGAGGCCGUCAGACAUGGCGGUUAUAAGGCAUCUGGGGACGCUGGCGGCGAGGUGCGUGAGGUCGACGGCUGAGAAGAGGCCGUCGAUGAGGGAGGCGGUGGAGUGGCUGGAACAAGUGAGGAAGAGGGCGGAGGCGACGCCCCUAUGGAGAGGCCUGAGGCGGCGGGAGGAGAAUAGCCAGGAAUUGGGCGAUCGGAGCGAGGAAGUGGGAAGAAUAGUGAGAGGGGGAAGCAGAAGGAACGGGAAAGUGUCGAGCGUGGGCAGUGUGGAGCAAGAGAACGAGAGGAGUGAAGCUUGCAAUGCAGUGUCCAGGUCGAGAUCAAUGCCGAAUGGGAAUGCGGGGGGCACUGCGAGGAGGUUGUACAGAUCAAGGUCCAUGUCCACGGAGGGUUUUGCAAAGUUCACUUCACGGCCUGGAUUACACGAGCCGCAAGAGCAGCAGCCACUUCACAGCCAGCUAGAUUAACAACCAAGCACGUUUUUAAUUAGUGAUACGGCUAGUAUUAAUCCUCCAAAUUAAUUAAUUGGACACAUUAUGAAUCUGCAGCAGGGCCUUGCAUCUAUUUCCCGGGCCAUGCCGCGACAGCAUCAGCGUUUGUGCUAGUACCUUGGAAUACACCCUGAUUGUUAAUUGUACGUACCUUGGUUGAGCUUCAUGUGUGCAUAUUUAUGAAUGCCAUGAUGGUCAACGUGGAGGGAUGGUCCCUCUCGGCCGGGGCGGUGACGCUGACAUCGUCAUCAAUCAUCAAUGCAUACUACGUGAAUCUCUCACGCAUCUAACAUGUAUUGCCUUUCCUUGUAUAAAUAAAUAGAGAAGUGAAGACCAAACAGACCGACCUCGUCUGUGUAUGUCUUUUUUCAAAAAAUGGAGAACGUCAUGACUCUCUUCAAUAAAAAUCACGGGACGAUCACGACUGAUUUUGUAUCUGAUGUUUUCCGUGGAUGGGAAUCGCUACAUUCAUUUCUCAGCGUUCUGCAUUCAUCAGUAGAUUAAAUGGACUUUUAGUUAACAAAUAAAUUAGGCCAAUUUCCCUUC